AUGGUAUUGAGAAAGGAUCGUGGCAAACCAAUCAAACCUGCUGAUGAUUUAGCUCAUCAACCAAGCAUGCAUGUACAACAACUGGACACCUCGAUUGGGUUGGAGCCGCCUCAAAUGGCUAAGAUGGAGACGCGAGGAUCACAGCUACCUCCAGACCUAGACGAGUGGGACCUUUCCGAACUCAUGGAGAUGGUAAAGAAGAUGAAGUGGAAAAGUAUGGGUCAUGCUCAAGAAGGCUCAAUGGUAUCCGGAUUAGAUGGAGUCAUAAGAAUCCAAGUGGCACAAAUGAUCGACUCCAGCACUGCUUGGAUCAUUUCGACGGUGAACACGUACCGAACGCGAGCGCUACCAAUAGUGCCCGCUCCGCCCAGAAACGGAGUGGUGUUUUACGAGAGCGACUUCGAAGUCCAGCCGAAAUGGUGA